AUGAAGCCUGUGCUGCGACUGGCGCUUCUGAUGAGGGUCUCCUGGGCAGUUGAGCUCACACAGGAGAAUUGGGACGAACAGACGGCCGGGAAGACGGUCUUUGUGAAGUUCUUUGCUCCAUGGUGUGGCCACUGCAAAUCAAUGAAGCCAGCCUGGGACCAGCUCAUGAGUGAGUACCAGGACAGCCCUUCGAUUCUGGUGGCUGAUGUCGACUGUAUCGGCGCGGGGAAGUCCAAGUGUGAUGAUGUGGGCGUCAAGGGCUUUCCCACCAUCAAGCAUGGCGACCCUCAUGAUCUGUCGGAUUACAAGGGCGGCCGCGACUAUGAGGCCCUGAGAGCCUUCGUGGAGGAGAUGUCGGAUCGGGGGGGUGAUCAACAUCUCAAGGAUCUUACUCCAACUUACUAG